AUGGCUACCGACAAGGGACUCGAGGACGUCCCCGAGGGACAGAUCGAGUCCAACUACGAUGAGACCGUCGACUCCUUCGACGACAUGAACCUCAAGUCCGAGCUGCUCCGUGGUGUCUACGCCUACGGUUUCGAGCGUCCCUCCGCUAUCCAGCAGCGUGCUAUCAUGCCCGUCAUCAAGGGUCACGAUGUUAUUGCCCAGGCCCAGUCCGGAACUGGCAAGACUGCCACCUUCUCCAUCUCCGUUCUCCAGAAGAUCGACCCCGCGGUGAAGCAGUGCCAGGCUCUCAUCCUCGCCCCCACCCGUGAGCUUGCUCAACAGAUUCAGAAGGUCGUGGUCGCUAUUGGCGAUUUCAUGAACGUCGAGUGCCAUGCUUGCAUUGGUGGCACCAGCGUCCGUGAUGACAUGAAGGCCCUCCAGGACGGCCCCCAGGUCGUCGUUGGAACUCCCGGCCGUGUCCACGACAUGAUCCAGCGUCGCUUCCUCCGCACCGACGCCAUGAAGAUGUUCGUCCUUGACGAGGCCGACGAAAUGCUUUCUCGUGGUUUCACCGAGCAGAUCUACGACAUCUUCCAGCUCCUCCCCCAGUCCACCCAGGUCGUUCUCCUGUCCGCUACCAUGCCCCAGGACGUCCUUGAGGUCACCACCAAGUUCAUGCGUGACCCCGUCCGUAUCCUGGUCAAGAAGGACGAGCUUACCCUGGAAGGUAUCAAGCAGUUCUACAUUGCCGUCGAGAAGGAGGAGUGGAAGCUCGACACUCUAUCCGACUUGUACGAGACUGUCACCAUCACUCAGGCCGUCAUCUUCUGCAACACCCGCAGAAAGGUCGACUGGCUCACUGACAAGCUCACUGCCCGUGACUUCACUGUCUCCGCCAUGCACGGUGACAUGGACCAGGCUCAGCGUGACCUGAUCAUGAAGGAGUUCCGAUCCGGUUCUUCCCGUGUCCUGAUUGCCACUGACCUUCUGGCCCGUGGUAUCGAUGUCCAGCAGGUUUCGCUGGUCAUCAACUACGACCUCCCCGCCAACCGUGAGAACUACAUUCACCGUAUUGGUCGUGGUGGUCGUUUCGGCCGAAAGGGUGUGGCCAUCAACUUUGUCACCGCCGAGGACGUGCGUAUGAUGCGCGAGAUCGAGCAGUUUUACAGCACCCAGAUUGAGGAGAUGCCUAUGAACGUCGCUGACCUCAUUUAA